GCCCUAGCAGUGGAAUGGAGUGGGGGGUGGCGACAUGAGAACUGUGUAGGCAGUGGAAUCAGCUGGUCUUAAGCGGUCUUUUGGAUGUGGAGUGGUGAGGGAAAGAGAAGUGCCCGAGACGGGUGGAUAUAAGGCUCUAUAAUUGAAGAGAGGAGUGUGGGCCAGAGAUGAGGUUCUAUAAGACAGCUUGUAGGGGCCAUGCAUAUAUAUGGGACUGCCCAGGCAGAGCAUGUAGAGUCACAAGAGGAGAGGUUCAAGACAGAACAGGGAGCCAGGAACAUCCAAGGGCUAGCAGGCAGAGGAGUCAGCGCCUGGCCCUGAAGAAGCUAAUGCAGCAUGGGCUGAGUGGAAGAAUUCAGAUUAAAUAGAUGAGGCAUGAGGGGAGACGGGACAUGAAGACCACUUUUCCAAGACACAACUGUGAACAGGAGACAGGAUGGCGAAAGCAGUACCUGGAGGGGAAGUGUCACAUUUGAAGACGAGGGGCACUGAGGAUGAGGAAUCAACUGAAAAGUGUGAAAAUAUUGGAAAUGCAGAAUCUGUGUGGCCAAAAGUGGAAGGUCUUCACAAGGAUCAUAUGCAGGAAUCUAAGGUUGGUGAAACUUGUGAUUGGGAUAGCAAGGUAGAGAAUCAGAUGGAAAAGCCUGAGGGAAAAAGAAUGAAGGAAGACAAAAGUGGCAUCAGGGAGAAGAUUGGCAAAACCAAGAAUACAGCAAAUAUAAAGACAGAACAGGAAGAUGAGGCAUCUGAGAAAAGCUUACAUCUGAGCUCAAAACAUGUUACACAGCAGCCUGUCUGUAUAGAACAGAAAAGCAGUGAACAAGGCAAAUGUGUGGAGAGCAUUAAUGGAAACUCUCAUCCCAGUCUACAGCAGAAAACCAGUGCUGUUAAGAAAUCACAUAAAUGUGAUGACUGUGGGAAAUCCUUCAAAUAUAAUUCCCGACUUGUUCAACAUAAAAUUAUGCACACUGGUGAAAAACGCUAUGAGUGUGAUGACUGUGGAGGGACUUUCCGGAGCAGCUCGAGCCUUCGAGUCCACAAGAGGAUCCAUACUGGGGAGAAGCCGUAUAAGUGUGAGGAAUGUGGGAAAGCCUACAUGUCCUACUCCAGCCUUAUAAACCACAAAAGCACCCAUUCUGGGGAAAAGAACUGUAAGUGUGAUGAGUGUGGAAAAUCCUUCAAUUAUAGCUCUGUUUUGGACCAGCAUAAAAGGAUCCACACUGGGGAGAAGCCCUAUGAAUGUGGUGAGUGUGGGAAGGCCUUCAGGAACAGCUCUGGUCUCAGAGUCCACAAAAGGAUCCACACAGUUAAAGGAAGGUAAUAACGAAGAUGAGAGCAAAAAUCAAUGAAACAGAAAGCAACACAACAGAGAGGAUCAAAAGUCAAGACCCAAGGAAGGUCCUACCUCCGUGAGAGAUGCAGCGAGAAACAGUUAACACAGAAAUCAGCCUCCUGCACCAUGUCGGUUCUAAGGCCUGUUUCCUCUCAUGAGCCUCAGCAGAAGACGCACUCACCAGCCCUCACAGUGGAUGACUUCCCCUCCCUGAGCAAGAGAUGGGAUAGUACCGGGGAUCAGCCUAUCACCAGACUCUGGGCUUAAUAAACCAGCUGAAUGAAGGGAUGUAAUAGACCUCUGGGAGGGACACUGAAGCCUGCAGUGGGGGGGGAGGGGCCUGGACAUACCCCUUCCCCCCCCAGACUCCUCCCCCUCAGAGUCCACUCAGCCAUGGACUUUGGACCUGGACAAGAGGAGAGAAGCCGCACUUUGUUUGGUGUAUCUGAUUUGGGAUUCUCGUUUUGGAAAUGGGGUGCUGGAUGGGGGUUUGAUGAUCUCCAGGGGAGCAGCUGAGAGAAGAGAAGAAAGGUGCAUGGCUGCUUCCUAAUCCUGGAGCCCAGAGGAAACAUCCCUAGAACUGUGGGAGUGUGAGCCAGGCAAGCCAAGGGCAGCCUUGAACCCCACCUUUGCCCGCCUCCCCCGCGGGGGCCAGGAUGCUGAAGAAGCAGUCUGCAGGGCUUGUGCUGUGGGGCGCCAUCCUCUUUGUGGCCUGGAACGCCCUGUUGCUCCUCUUCUUUUGGACGCGCCCGGCGCCUGGCAGGCUGCCCUCAGACAGUGCUCUCGAUGACGACCCCGCCAGCCUCACCCGUGAGGUGAUCCGCCUGGCCCAGGACGCUGAGGUCGAGUUGGAGCGGCAGCGGGGGCUGUUGCAGCAGAUCAGGGAGCAUCACGCUAGGUGGAGCCAGCGGUGGAGGGUGCCUACCGCGGCCCCGCCUGUGCCGCCGCGAGUGCCUGUGACCUCUCCGCCAGCUGUGAUCCCCAUCCUGGUCAUCGCCUGUGACCGCAGCACUGUCCGGCGCUGCCUGGACAAGCUGCUGCAUUAUCGGCCUUCAGCGGAGCGCUUCCCCGUCAUCGUCAGCCAGGACUGUGGGCAUGAGGAGACGGCCCAGGUCAUCGCCUCCUACGGCAGCGCUGUCACGCACAUCCGGCAGCCUGACCUGAGCAACAUCGCAGUGCCACCCGACCACCGAAAGUUCCAGGGCUACUACAAGAUCGCCCGGCACUACCGCUGGGCGCUGGGCCAGGUCUUUCACAAGUUCAAGUUCCCAGCGGCCGUGGUGGUGGAGGAUGACCUGGAGGUGGCUCCAGACUUCUUCGAGUACUUCCAGGCCACGUACCCGCUGCUGAGGGCCGACCCCUCCCUCUGGUGUGUGUCUGCCUGGAAUGACAACGGCAAGGAGCAGAUGGUGGACUCAAGCAAGCCUGAGCUGCUCUACCGCACAGACUUCUUCCCUGGCCUGGGCUGGCUGCUGUUGGCCGAGCUCUGGGCUGAGCUGGAGCCCAAGUGGCCCAAGGCCUUCUGGGACGACUGGAUGCGCCGGCCAGAGCAGCGGCAGGGCCGGGCCUGUGUGCGGCCUGAAAUCUCCAGAACGAUGACCUUUGGCCGCAAAGGUGUGAGCCAUGGGCAGUUCUUUGACCAGCACCUCAAGUUUAUCAAGCUGAACCAGCACUUCGUGCCCUUCACCCAGCUGGACCUGUCCUACCUGCGACAGGAGGCCUAUGACAGGGAUUUCCUUGCACGUGUCUACGGUGCUCCCCUGCUGCAGGUGGAGAAAGUGAGGACCAGUGAGCGGAGUGAGCUGGGGGAGGUGCGGGUGCAGUACACGAGCAGGGACAGCUUCAAGGCCUUCGCCAAGGCCCUGGGAGUCAUGGAUGACCUCAAGUCUGGUGUCCCCAGGGCCGGCUACCAGGGCAUCGUCAGCUUCCUGUUCCGGGGCCGCCGUGUCCACCUAGCCCCACCCCAGACCUGGGAGGGCUAUGAUCCUAGCUGGAAUUAGCAGCACCUGCCUGUCCCUCCUGGGGCCCCUCCUGGCCAUAUCAUGGCCUCAGAUGGGACCGCAGUCCCUGGGCUGCAUCAUCCUCUCUGUGUUUCUCUCUUGGGUCCAUUUAUCUUCUGUUUUUUUUUUUUUUUUUUCUUUUUUUCUUUUUUUGAGUGGCAUUCGAGUGCACAGAUGAUAAGGUGAGGGUUAUUCUCCCGUUCUCAAGGGGGUCAAGUCAGGGGGAUCUUUCUGGGGUAUGUUGGGGGAGUGAUUAAGCAGCGAAACCACUGUGUGGUAGGGAGAGACGGGCUUGUUGGGGCCACAAAAUCCACGUUCCAGGUUUUCUCCUAGGACAUCUGUGGAGAAGUUGACAACUUUCUCUUGAUCAGGCCUCUUUUUCCUGUCCUGGCUAUUCUAGCCAGAGUAUGAGCCCUCCUCUUGUACCUGUCCCCCACCAUCUCCACCUUCCCCCAACUGGAGCAAGGUGGGAGGCUGGAUUAUGUGAGCAGGAGAUGUAUUUGUGGCCAAAAUGAGACUAACCCAAGGGGUUUCAUCAUCAUCAGGGUCUGGGCAGAGCUGUUAGGUUGUCGGGGUUUACUCCCUCCUGCCUGUAUUUCUCUUUUUCCCCCCUCUCCUUUAUCCUUGACCGUCGCCUCUCAGCUCUUCUUUCCCUGCAGCCUAGCAGUUCGUGAUUCUAAGAUGAAACGGUGAAGGGGAAAAGCAGAACCUCUCCUUAGCUCACCCGCUGGGGUGGGGGGAAGCCUUGGGUGUUGGGGCGCCCCUCCCUCAUCCUUCCUCCAAGAAACAGACUGCCCCCUAUCCCGUCUUUUCUAAAAACCAAUCCUUUCCCUGUCGCUCUGGGACAGUUUAUGCUAGCCCGGGCCGGGCCCGUGGCUUCUGGAGGCCCUCUCAGUGUGAGGUAGAGCAGCCAAGACCAUUCAGCCCAGCCGCCUUCCCUUCUCCCCCAAGCAUUCCCUUCCCGUGUGCACAGAUCAGGACGCAGAUGGUGGGUUGGAGAGCAACGUGUGUGUUUUUCUUUCUUGCCUGACCUCAGUUCAUGGAAGAAAGUUGAAGCUACAGAAUUAUUUUCAAAAAUAAAGCCUGAAUUGUCUGAAAAA